AUGAGCUGUUUGGGGGCGGAUGUUAAAUGUAUAGGAUUUCUCUCCCUAGGUCAGCUAGUGGUACCCACCAAGUGUACUGAUCCCUAUGAUGGGAGCAAGCAUCCAUUGGGCUCUAAGUGGAAUACAGCGGAGUGCAUGGAAUGCACAUGUAGUAGAAGUGGAAUGGAAUGCUGUACCAGGUACGGUGGUACUGCCGAAGUUGAGGGAUGUAAAGCAGUGGUAAAUCCAAAAACAUGUAAAUAUGAGUUCUAUAAACUGGAUGAUCCCUCCAAACCCUGUUUCUGAUCUUUACAAAUCCCACCCAAAUUCCUUUCAUGUAAGAGAAUCUGAAUAAAUCAGUCAUAUGUGCA